CACCGGCCGGGCCGGUUUGGCUGCAUUUAUGCCCUGAACCUUCGAGGCUUUUACCGGCGUUUACCUUCUAACCAGCAGGGUGAUCCACCCCGCGAACCCCGCGGCGCUGCCCGGAGACGAGCUCGGGAACGCGUCAGACCGGGCAGAGCCCACCUGUCGGUCGGUACCCGCUGGGUUCUUAUGAAAAGCAGCGAUCCCCGCGCCUCGCGGCCACGCCAGCUGCACGCAUUCAGACAGGCCGGCCGCAGCCGAGCCGGCGUGCCCCGACAGCAGCCGGCAUGGCACCGCGCUGCAGAACCAGCUGCUUCCCUCAGUGCCCACCGCGGAGAUGGGCGGCCGACGCCUUUCUCCCCCCAUAAGGACUACAACCCCCAGCAUGCACUGCGCGCGGGCGCGACGCAUGCCGGGAUUUGCGGCUUUCUGGGCAGCCCGGCGCAUGCGCGUGCGGCUGGAAGGCGCCAUGCCGGAGGGGAAGGGCGCGUUCCGGGAGGUGCUGCCUAAACAAGGGCAGCUGUCCGUGGAAGACGCGGCCGGCAUGGUGCUGUGCAAGCCAAAGGUGCUGCCCCUCAAAUCGGUGUCGCUGGAGAAGCUGGAGCAGCUGCAGCGCGCGGCCAUGGAGGCGUCGCGGCCGCCCGAGGGCACUGCGGGCCCCCAGCCGCAGCCCUAGGAGGGGAGCCAGGUAC